AUGAGCUUUGCAAAAUGGUUCUCGAGAUACAAGAAGGUGUUUUCCGAAGGUGCAAAACAACUGCAGGAGAAUAACAAGGUUAAGUUACUAUGUGAGAAACUGGAUUCAGUGACAUUCGACAAGUUCCAGAGGCAUAUUCUACCGAAGGAUGUUUCCCAAAUCGGAUUCGAUGAGACGGUAGAAGUACUCAAGCAGCUAUUCGUUCACAAAAUUUCGUUGUUCACCACAAGAUAUCAGUGCCUCAAACUGGAGAAGAGCGAUGUCGAAGACUAUCUCACGUAUACUGGCCGCGUGAAUGAAUUCUGUGAAAAAGCGAAGAUUCACGAACUGGACUCAGAUGGAAUCAAAUGUCUUCUGUGGAUUUUUGGCCUGAAGUCACAGCAAGAAGCAGAGAUCAGACAA